AUGCUUUCGCGGCUCACCGACCGGCUGUAUAAUGCCCUCCUCCCAACGACAGACCCGUAUGCGCCUCACACCGAUGUGACCAUGGAAGGCUACUACACCCACCUCCAUGUUCCUUCGAACAACCCUAUAAACGCGUCUCCUCUCACACUCGUCCUCAUCAUCUGCGAGGUCAAGGCUGCCACAGACACCGACAAACGGAUCAUGGUCUACGUACUGUACGCGCCGCAUCAUAAUCUCUUGCACGACUCCUCAACAUCCGGGCACAAGGGCGACCGGGACGUCGAGGAAGGCUUCGUCCGCGAGAUGUGCGCACCGAGGUGGAAACUCACCCAUUCGCGCACGGACGGGUCGAAUUCUUUGCCUCCGAGUGGGACAGUCGAGCCCUGGAGCCUCGAGGUUCCCGGUAUAGGGUAUAUGAAGACCGACUCCACCGGGAAUCAACAUUUCCUUGUUCGCAUGCCCGUCAAUUCCUCUCCAUCCACUCACGCGGACGCAUCCGAGGAGGAGGACGAGCUGAUCCUGGAAAUACAUACCACCGAACGCACACCUUGGUCCUCGACCUCCGUCAUCUCGGGUCCCGAAGGCCCGUUCGAAAGACUAGGAACGCUUCUUCCGCUCCAUUGGCACGUUUUCUCUGGAUGCUCGAAGGCGGAGUGGCAGCUCGGGAGACGCAGGAAGGUGGAUUUGGAUUUGGAUCCGUUGAUGGAUGUCAAAGCGGGGUUGAGCUCCGGAGAAAUAUUGGCGAGUGGAACGGCGAUGGCGCAUAUCGAGAAGAAUCAUGGUGUAGGGUUUCCGAAAGGAUGGUUAUGGGCUCAUUGUUUAGGCCCAUCCACCCCCUCGUCGUCCAGUCCUUCUGCAUCCUCAAGCCCUCAAGCGUAUCAACGUCCACCCGUUCGAUUCGCCCUCGCUGGUGGGUCUAUCCUCGGUCUUGAAGCCUACCUAGUCGGUUUCAGAGACGACACCGUCGGUAUUGAAUGGGACUUUGCGCCGCCUUUAACGGUGGGUUUAAAUGGAUGGGGCGCAGGUGUCGGGAUGAAGGUCGAGAGGCAGUGGAAGGUCGAGGGUGCGGAAGGGAUGAGGAGGGUCAGGGUGCAAUGUUGGACGGUGUCGAGGUGGCUGGACGUCGAAAUUCUGGCGAGCAAGGACUCGUUCAUAUCUCUCCCCGGCCCCGUACCCUCCGGUUUCAAACCUGCCAUGUGCCACGAAUCGUUCACCGCAAAGUUCAAUAUCACUCUCUACGAGCGUCCUCCUUCGAUUUCUGCAAUGCUCAGGACGGGACCGGAAGAUGACUGGAAGAAGGUUGGGAGCUAUGUGAUCGAGGAAGGCGCCCUGGAGUUUGGCGGAGAAUAUGCAGGAGGUUCCGACCACGGCGAGUCGGAGCAGCGAUCUAGGGAUGGCGAACAGGAGAGUCUGGCUACUGGAUCCGCGGGGGAGCACGUAGAUUGA